AUGGACGACGCCGACGACUACCUCGCGGUGCUGCAGGCGAUGACCCGACUGCACCUGGAUUUCCCAGGAGACAGCAGCGAAGGGGUUACAACUCAUCGGGACGACGCUGAUGCCCCGGCGCAGCCCGCUGCCGCGGAGACCGGCCAUGUAAAGCAGCCGGCGGGUGAGUGGGCGGAGGUCCUGGUGAGCGAGAUGGCGAGCGCCACCUCCAUGGACGACGCCCGGUGCCGUGCCGCCAGGAUCCUCGAAGCAUUCGGAGGCGCCGUAUGCGCUCGCGCCGCGCGGGUAGUCGGCGAUAAGGACCGCGAGCUGGAGAACGUCCGGCGGCAGAACACCAUCCUGAAGAAGGCGGUGGUGAUCCAGCACCGGCAGCACAAUGAGAACGAGGAGAAGGGCAGGGAGCUCCAGGUGCAGGUCGCCCAGUACCGGGAGCAGGUCAGGCGGCUCGAGGCGGAUAAUUAUGGGCUGUCCAUGCACCUCAGGAACGCCGGCCGCGGGGCCUCCAUGCCGGGGAACUUCCACCCAGAAGUUUUCUGA